CAGCCAUGGACCAAAAGGCGCGUGUCCGCGGAUAAGUAGCGGGAGGCGCGCUUCGCGUGGAAGAGCCCGAGCGGAAAAGACCCCGUUUCACAGGCGCGUGUCCGUGGGAUGCCCGGCGUGGGCGCGUGGAACACAGCCCCGGGUGCGAACAUGGGUGCGAAUCACUCCCACAAAAGUCCCGUGUUCGACGAGGACGAGGACGUUAACUUCGAUCACUUCCAGAUCCUCAGAGCCAUUGGAAAGGGCAGUUUUGGGAAGGUUUGCAUUGUGCAGAAGCGGGACACCAAGAAGAUGUACGCCAUGAAGUACAUGAACAAACAGAAGUGCAUCGAGAGGGACGAGGUGCGGAAUGUCUUCAGGGAGCUGCAGGUGAUGCAGGGCCUGGAACAUCCUUUCCUCGUCAACUUGUGGUACUCCUUCCAAGAUGAGGAGGACAUGUUCAUGGUCGUGGACCUACUUCUGGGCGGCGACCUGCGCUACCACCUACAGCAGAAUGUACAGUUCAAGGAGGACACGGUGAAGCUCUACGUGUGCGAGCUGGCGCUGGCCCUCUGUUACCUGCAGUGCUGCCAUAUAGUCCACCGGGAUAUAAAACCAGACAACAUUCUCCUGGAUGAACACGGACACGUGCACAUCACGGACUUCAACAUCGCCACGGUGCUGAAAGGCGCGGAGAAGGCCACCUCGAUGGCCGGCACCAAACCGUACAUGGCCCCAGAGGUGUUCCAGUCUUUCAUAGAUGGGGGUCCUGGCUACUCCUACCCGGUGGACUGGUGGUCCCUGGGGAUAACGGCCUAUGAGUUGCUGCGAGGAUGGCGACCUUAUGACAUUCACUCGAGCACAGCAGUGGACGACAUCAUCAAUAUGUUCCGUGGAGAGCGUGUGCACUACUCCUCCACCUGGUCCAAAGGCAUGGUGUCCCUCCUCCGAAGACUCCUGGACAAAGACCCAGAAAGCCGCCUCUCAACCAUCGGUGACAUCCAGAGCUUGCCGUACCUUGCUGACGUCAACUGGGACGCUGUCCUGGAGAAGGCCGUCCCCCCAGGCUUUGUCCCGAACAAGGGACGGCUGAACUGCGACCCCACCUUCGAGCUGGAGGAGAUGAUUCUGGAGUCGAGGCCGCUGCACAAAAAGAAGAAGAGACUUGCCAAGAGCAAGUCGCGCGACGCCACCAAAGACUCCUCUCCCCUGCCGGCCCAUGUGCAGCAGUGCCUGGAAACCGUGCGACAGGAGUUCAUCAUUUUCAACCGGGAGAAGUUACGGCAGCGAGACCCUACGGGUCCCUCAGCUCGGACCGGCAUCCGGACACCGCCGGCGUCCCCUUCGAAGGUCCCGGGGACGAGAGAGGACGGACACAACAACAACGUGCUCCGGCCCUCGGACGACGCCGCCGUGCACAGCCGCUAGGCUGCAGCUUUAGGGGAAGGAGGAGGAGCUGCAAGGAGGCUUGGAAGCAGAGGGAUAGCCUGAGAACCACAUCUCCCUCCGUUUCACUUCUCCGCAUGUUUCCUUUUUUGGGUACAAGAGCAUUAAGAGAAAAAUACAAGGAAAACGGGAAAGCUGCACUGGCGCAGGGAGGGAUUACAGAAAGCCCCAAGAAGCCUUCAGCGCAGACUAUCUAAUCCCCUGGCUGACCAGCACCUCACGCUGUGCCGCACCGCAGGGCUGCCAGGAAGGAAGAACGAGAGCUGCAAAAAACGGCAGGCCGAGUCGCCGAGCCCAGCGGCUCCGUGACCUUUCCCGGCUGCCGCUUUGCCUUACAAGUCGUUCCUUGGAUACCCGAGGGGUUGUGUGCGUGACUGCGAUUUGUCCCGCGAUUUCACUCUCCUGCAUCACUGUGCGCAUCAACCUUUCCUGGCUGGGGUGGACCGUCCAGCGUCCCAGUUAGUGAAAGCCUGUCCUUAGUGCCCGUGUUUAUUACACGACAAGUAAGGUUAGGAGCUGCUUUCAGUCCAAAGUGACGUACGGUGUGACCCUUGGUGUGAAGUGUCACUUUCACACUUGUCUGGAUAUUUCGCUCCUUGCUGGCUGAAGCAGGCAGAAUUUGGCCCCCUGAGAUUCGAAACAGCUUCUUUUCAGUGAAUUAUUCAAUUGAUGCACCACCUGCUGUGUUCCUUGAGCCGCAGAGCUCAGAGAAACUCCAUGGAAAUUCACACACACACACACACA